AUGCUUGUUUGAGAUGCCAGUCAGAGAACAAACAAGAUGAUUGUGUUGUUGUAUGGGGCGAGUGCAAUCAUUCUUUCCACAACUGCUGUAUGACGUUAUGGGUUAAACAGAACAACAGAUGUCCCCUAUGCCAGCAGGACUGGGUUGUUCAACGUAUAGGAAAAUAAUCCGCUAUAGUGUCAUAAUUAAUC